GUGGCUAGAGUAGACCCGCACCGUUACAAUUUUAUCUUUUUUAAAGUUUUUAUAUUUUUGCAUAAUUUCCAACAGCUGGGAACUAGAAGAUCUGGAGUGAAAUCGAUUGCCAGGUGUGACAAGCUGCGACGUGAUGACGGGCAGAGAGGGAAAUAAUGAAGGAGCCUUGCAGUCCAUUUCCACGUAGAAUAGGGGGUUCAUUUGAUUUCCGGAAGCAGAUUGCGCAAACAUUGGCCAUGGCUAUGGCCGUGGAAGCUAUCUACAGUGGCACUGCUGUGUGUUGCACAAUAGCAGGAAGCUACAAUCGAAAAUCGUGUACAGUGUCUGCUCAGCAGUGUCCAAGCUCCUCUCUCAAGUAUCGUCAGCGUUUCUCUACAUCCCUGUUCUCGUGUCCUAAGCAGGUGAGUCGUGUCAAAUUUGUAAGUAGGGUUGUGUGCAAUUUAAGGCUUAGCGAGAGCGACGAGGGGGCCAGAACGCCGGAGCUGAAGAAGCAAUUAGAGGAGGAAUUGGUCGCUGCGCAGAGCGGGAAACUCAGCAAAAAGGAGUUGGUGAGAUUGAUCGAUGAAGCUUUGCGAGAUAAUCGAGACAGAGAUGCUGUUGCCUUGGCGUCCAAUUUGGCUGCCUUUGGUAAGGCAACUAGUGUGCCCUAUCGUCUCUACAGCUUGGAAGAAUUAAGAUUAAACAAGAUUGAUGCAACACAGCUAUUAUCUCCAACCGACCAAACCCUUGGUAAUGUGAAGCGGAACCUGCAAUAUGCUGCCAUAGCCGGCGCCGCGGUAACGUGGUGGCAGCUGGGGUUAGACCAAUAUCAGCUUCUUGCAGCUGCUGUUCUGUUUUUGUUUCUGGGCACUGUAGAUCAGAUUGCGAAUGGCGGAGGAGUAGAAGCCCUUCUUUUGGAUUCCAUCGGACGGAUUUUGAGCCCUAAAUACCAGGACCGCGUUGCUCAACAUGAAUCAGGCCAUUUCUUAAUCUCGUACUUGGUUGGAAUUCUGCCCAAGAGCUACACGCUUUCCAGUUUUGACGCCUUUCGUAAAUAUGGCGCUCUCAACGUUCAGGCUGGUACUACCUUUGUAGAUUACGAUUUCCAAGAAGAGGUAACCACCGGAAAACUUUCUUCUACAACACUCAACAAAUUCUCAUGCGUGGCUUUAGCUGGGGUUGCUACGGAGUACCUUCGUUACGAAAUCGCAGAGGGAGGUCUCGCCGACAUUCUACAACUAGACGCCGUUUUGAAGGGCUUGACCUUCACGCAGAAGAAGGCAGAUUCCCAGGUGAGAUGGGCUGUCCUCAACACAGUGUCGAUAUUGCGAAGACACUUUGACUUGCAGGCCAAGCUCGCGGCGGCUAUGCUAGCCGGCAAAUCUGUGGGAGAGUGUAUCUUGUUGAUUGAAAACGAGCUCAGUGGAUCCACAGACAUCUAGAUCAAAUUUUCAACUGUUCAGAAUUGUAACAUGUUUGUUUGUACAAUACGAUUGCAUAUUUGCAGCGCUUGGUGCAGAAUCAUGUAACCUAUCUUUGCGAGAACCUUGUUAAAUGUACAAAACGAGUGCAGUAAUGUCAAAUUCUACACCGCAAGCCCUGAUGAUCUUUCCA